AUGAAAGCAGGAGAUGAUGUUAUGGAUGUUUGGGCAAAUAAUUUAGAAGAAGAGAUGCUCAAAAUAUCAAAACUUGUCGAAACUUAUAAAUUCGUCGGAAUGGAUACAGAAUUUUCUGGAUUUAUUGUUAAAACUUUUAAUAAUACACCAGAUGAUGUAAAAUAUCAUGCAGAACAGACAAAUGUCAAUCUUUUAAAACUAAUACAAAUAGGAAUUACACUUGGUGAUGAAAAAGGAAAUCGUCCAUCUCCUUAUUGUACUUGGCAAUUUAAUUUUAAGUUCAAUGUUAACUCUGACUUGCAAGCUGCAGAGUCAAUCAAUUUGUUACGUCAAUCAGGCAUAGAUUUCGAUAAAUUCUAUAAAGAUGGAAUUGAUAUUUACGAUUUUGUACCAAUGUUUUAUUCAAGUGGAUUAGUUAUGAACGAUAAAAUCAAUUGGAUCACAUUCCAAUGUGGAUAUGACAUUGCAUAUCUUGUUAAACUUGUUUCUGCUUCACCUUUACCAAAAUCUGAUACAGAAUUUGCCAAAAUUGUUAAGCAGUACUUUCCAAAUUACUAUGAUUUACGAUAUAUUAUGGGUACAAUAACUGAUCAAGUCGGAUCUCUUCAGGAAGUCGCCAGAGACUUAAAUGUUCACAGAUAUGGCCCAGUUCAUCAGGCAGGAUCCGAUUCAUACGUUACAUUACUGUCAUAUUAUAAAGUAAUCGAACAACAUUUUGAUGGAAAUUUAACUUUAGAAAAAUUUAGAAACAAAGGCCAAUAA